AUGCGUUACGCAGAGAUCAUCGCCCUGGCCAUGGGCAACGUGGCCGCGGCUCAGUUCAACACCAUGACCUUCUCCAACAGCACCACCGGUGCUAUCGAGACUGGCACCGAGACCGGCACUUCCACCGGUACCGAGACUGGCACUGCUACCACUGGUACUGCUGCUGAGACCACCACCGCUGCUGGUGGCAUCGGAAACCCUGAUGGCUUCAACUUCCUCGGCUGCUUCUCUUCCGAGAACGGCUUCCCCGGCUUCACUCAGGCUUACUCCAACGAGGAGAACGACUCUGAGCAGUGUGCCGAGGCUUGCUUGGGCUCCAGCUACUUCGGUCUUUACGACAACACUUGCUACUGUGGUGGCAGCUUCGAUUUCGCCAACGCCAAUGCCGUUGGCACCGACCAGUGUGACAUCACCUGCCCUGGCAACGAUGCUGAGAACUGUGGUGGCCUCACUGGCGAUGCUCUCAUGCGUCGACAGGUCUCGGUCAACGUCCUUCUCUCCGUUUAUAUUGCCAUCGGCAUCAACCCUGGUGAGACUGACACUGUCAUCAACACCGACUUCGUCACUGAGACCCUUCCUCCUGUCACCACCACUGCCACUGUCACCGAGACCGAGAACGGUGUCACUACCACUGCCACUGUCACCCAGGUCAUCCCCGUCAUCCCAACCAACGUCAUCAUCAUCUGCUACGGUAACUACUGUGCUCCUCAGGUUCACUGCCCUACCUGCACCAAGUGGCAGAUUGUCUGCCACGAUGGCUUCUGCGCUCCCGAGGAGUGCUACGACGAUACCUGGCACCAGCUUAAGAUCUGCAAGAGCGGAAAGUGCCACUACGCCGACUACAAGGAUGAGGAGUGCAACCAGCGCAUUGUCUGCUACGGCAACAAGUGUGAGCGUGACCAGCACUACUCCAUCGACUACGCUCGCAAGUUCGUCUGCGAUGUUGAUGAGGACCGCUGGUACUUCGAUGAGUGCAAGGACGACUGCUACUCCUACGAGAAGUGCUCUCACGGCGAGUGCAAGCCCGUCCCUGCUCCUCCUCACCCCGUCCCUGCUCCUGGACCCAAGCCCAUCGGCAAGCCCCCAGUUGUCGUUGUCCCUGAGCCUGAGCACCCCGUCAAGCCCGUCCACCCCAUCUACUCUGACAAGCCUGCUCCUCCUGUCAAGCCUGAGCACCCCACCAAGCCUGCUCCUCCCGUCAAGCCUGAGCCUCCUGUCAAGCCUGAGCACCCCAUCUACACUGACAAGCCCGCUCCUCCUGCCCCCAAGCCUGAGCACCCUGCUCCCGCUCCCGCUCCCAAGCCCGAGAACCCUGAGCACCCCGCUCCCCCUGCUCAGACUGGCUCCAACGCGAAGCCCGAGACUCCCGAGAAGCCUGAGGAGCACCCCGUCGUCACCGCCGGUGCUGCCCAGAAGACCUUCGCCGGUGUGGCUGCUGCCAUUGCCGGUUUCGCUUUCCUCCUGUAA